AUGGGUGAGGGCGAGGAGAGCGCACCUUACGUUACGUGCUCGCAGUGCGCAAGGUUAAGACCCCGGAAGGUAUUCCAGCCCAAACAGUUGCGCUCGGACGACCCGUUGUGCAAGGCAUGUUUUCAGAAGAGCGAGACAGCAGGGUCCAGUACAGAAUCUGGAGAUGACGAGCCGGAGAUGACUAUUGGAGAGCAUUUGUGUGCGUGCGUUUUCGGGAUCCCGCUCUUCGCAGCGUUCUUCGCAGCAUUUCUUGGCGUACAACUUUGGUUUUACCUACUCUUUGUGAUUCCCGGGCUCCUCUACAAGUACUCCGGGCCCAUCAAGUGGACGAUCGAUCCGAUCCGCUCAUUCUUGCGCAGACUCAUUUUCGGCGCGCCCAAUCCAGACUUCGAUUUUCCGCGCAUAUUCACUAGUGAUGAUGCUGAUGCUGAUGAUCAUGGUGGUUGUCUUGGGUGUUGCUUGGCAACCACUUUUGGCAUCUACAAGUUUAUAACACUCUAUGCCUUCGUCUAUUCAUGUGCUGAUUACGAUGAAAGUCGUAAGAAUGGGAAAUACGCGGUGCAUGUGGUGUUCAUUGGACACAUCAUAGGUAUUUUAUGCGUCUUAAUGUAUGUCGGCGGCUCGAUAGCCCUUCUGGUGCUCUACAUCAUGUACAUAACAGAUCCAGGCCCCGGUCAAAUCAGGGACUACAACAACGCGGUGCAGAAAUGGCAAGGAGGACUCGCAAAGGAAUAUGAGUCUAAUUGGACAUCUCGACAACUCCCGACGCUGUAUCUCGAGCAAGAUGUCAAUGACGCCAACCAAAUACAGCCCCUGACGUACGAACCCACCUUUCAACUGGAGAUAUCGAAGACAUUCGAGCCAUCCCUGCCCCAAUUGCAACCCGGUCGAGGGGACAUGCAACGGUACGAAGACAAGGUGAUGGUCGCCGCGAAGAUUGAAAACUUUCACACUCCGUCAAUCCACCCGAGCGAAGGCGGCAGGGCUUUGACAGUUCGCAUCGGCGAACAGAACUUCACGUUUGCUACGGUUCAUCAAUGGAAAGAAGAGUACUACCAUGGUAGAUGCCACUUUGCUACAUAUUUGAAUGGUUUGAUGUUUGUGUUCAACGAGGAAGUUCAGAAGCACGCGUGCACGCCGCUUUACUACAACCCCUAUUUAACAUGCCACCACAAGUGGCCUUCACUUUACCCACCGGUGGACCUCGCUCUCAGAGUCGAGAUUCGCUCACCGCACGACCCUGUGAUUGUCGCGAGUGAUAUAAUUGCCUGUCCGAGUCCUGACAGCAAUUAUUUCGGUGGGUCAUGGUGGUGGGGCGAAACAAUGAGAGAUAAAUGGAAUACCUUCACUAUCCUCGCGUACCUCGUGGGUUGCUGCGGGCUUGCAUUGUUCCUAUUCAGCAAGCCAGGGUGGUUGUGGGAAUACUUGGAGUGGGACGAGAAGAGCAAGCCCAAAGGAGCGCAUGAAGAGCCCAAAAAAGCUAAAGCAGACAUCGAAAGCGGCGCUUCACGCGCGCCUCCUCACUCUCGGCAACACAUUGGUGAAACCAAGACGAUCGAUCCUCGACAAAGUGGUGGAUGGCUCAGUGGUGGAUGGUUCAAGAUAACAUCUAUUUCCAGACAGCCAAAGGUAAUCCGAUGA